UUGGCGUCUCCUGCAGACGCGCGCUUCAGCGUCUUCGUUUCCUGUAAGAAAACCCAAAAAUCUGACACGAAUAGCUUACGAGGUUCAUGUCUUAAGUUCCGUGGCGCCCUAGUACAGGUAGAUUCUUAGAGCUGAGGGGACCCAUCAAAGCUGUCCCUCCGGACCACUGCUGGAUAUGAACUUGGCAUUCAUCAUCUGGAAGAUAAAUGGAUUUUAAAAUCGAACACACUUGGGAUGGUUUUCCAGUGAGGCACGAACCAGUGUCAGUCAGGCUGAGUCCAGGUGAUGGAGGAGUAAUGAUGCAAGUUAGUGCUCCAUUUUUCAAUGACCCUCCAACCCCUCCUGGAGAACCAGGAAAGCCUUGCAAUAAACUGUGGGAUUACGAAGUUGUGGAAACAUUUUUCUUGAAUGAUGUAACUGAGCAGUAUUUAGAAGUUGAACUUUGUCCCCAUGGACAGCAUUUAGUGCUUUUACUCUCUGGAAGAAGAAAUAUUUGGAAACAAGAACUAGCCUUAUCAUUCCAAGUGUCCAGAGGAAAGACAACCUGGGAAGGUGAAGCUUAUGUUCCUUGGAGUUAUUUCCCCCAAAAUGUAACAAAAUUCAAUUCAUUUGCAAUUCAUGGAUCAAGUGAUAAAAGAAUUUAUGAAGCUCUUUACCCUGUGCCUCAGCAUAAGCUGCAGCAAGGGCAGCAACCUGAUUUCCAUCGUCUAGAAUAUUUCAAGCCUUUCAGUUUUAAUGCCUUGCUUGGGGAAGAAUGGAAACAACCAGGAUCAGACCUAUGGCCAAAAGAGAAACCUGACAUAUAGGAGUAUAGUAGAUAACUGACCAUAUCAUUCAUUUCUCUUCUGUACCUUUUAAAGUAAUACAAUAAGACAUCAUGAAUACAUUUCAACAACAAACAUUUUAAUUGAGUUCACUGAAAAUAAAGCAAUCUGUGGUAAAUUAUAUAUAGUUAAUACAAGAAUGGACAAUUUGUUUAGUUAUAAAGUUAAAAUGUUUCUCACAGCUAUUCAGUCCGGGAACCAUAGUGUCUAGGCUCUGCCUUUUUGGCAAAAGUCAUUAUUUCUCUCCCCAUUUUCCAUGAACUUUAGCCAGCCUGAAACUAGGAAAUGUAUUUGCAUGUUUUAAAACUACAUGUAAUAUAAAUUAUUUUUAUGUAAACAUUCUCUUUGUCCUUUAAAUUAGAAUAAAACAGUGACAUUUCAGUUGAA